CAGACUCCAGGAAAAGACGUGGUUACUCCGUGACGACCCAAGACUGCAGAGUAUGAGCAACGAGCACCCACGCGCACAUCUCACCUCCUCGUCCAUUUGUUCCCACAGAAGGACGGCUGCGGAGUCUGUGUACGCAGCGUUGUUUAGGGCCAUAUAUUAAAUUCCAAUCAUUAAGGGAAACUGCCAGCGUUCUCAGCUUCAUGGGCGAAGCAGACAAGAAUACAUUCGACCGAAAUCCACGCAGUGAAAACGAAGCGAAGGUAGAAAACGACGCGUCUGUGGAGAUAGAACGUCAAAGGAGAUACACUGAGCUGUUCGAGCAAUUGGAUUUGAAUAGAGAUGGUAGAGUUGACAUUAGUGAGCUGCGAAUUGGACUGGCUGCUCGGGGUUUGCACCAGGGAGAGGCUGAAGAGAUAGUCCUGGAGAGUGACAUCAAUCGUGAUGGUUUGCUGGACUUCCAAGAGUUCUCCCAGUACCUGCAGGCUCAUGAGAAGAGGCUAUGGCUCAUGUUCCACAAACUGGAUCGGAAUAAUGAUGGGAAAAUUGAUCUUGGUGAGAUCCAGGACUUGCUGCACAAACUUGGAGUUGAGGUUACCAAAGAGCAGGCCUCCCGAAUACUGCAAAGCAUGGACAAGGAUGGCACUAUGACCAUUAACUGGAAAGAGUGGCGGGAUCACUUCUUGUUCAAUCCUUUCCACAACGUGGAGGAGAUUGUCCACUUCUGGAAGCACUCCCAUAUGUUUGACAUUGGGGAACAUUUGACGGUGCCAGAUGAGUUCUCAGAAAAGGAAAGACGAUCCGGUCUGGUAUGGAGGCAGUUGGUUGCUGGAGCAAUGGCAGGUGCUGUGUCCAGAACAGGAACUGCUCCUCUGGAUCGCUUGAAAGUUUUCCUGCAGGUACAUGGUUCCAUGUCUCAUGGAAAAAAUCUGUGGUCGGGGCUAAGAGGGAUGAUCCAGGAGGGGGGUGUCUCCUCACUCUGGAGGGGGAAUGGCAUCAAUGUCCUCAAGAUUGCCCCAGAAUCUGCGAUCAAAUUUAUGGCCUAUGAACAGAUCAAGCGGCUGAUCCGUGGCAGCAGAGAAGGAGGAAGCUUAAGAGUACAAGAAAGAUUCCUUGCUGGUUCUUUGGCAGGAGCUACAGCCCAGACUAUCAUCUACCCCAUGGAGGUGCUUAAAACGCGUCUCACAUUGAGGACGACGGGACAGUACUCAGGUAUGGCUGACUGCGCCAGACAGAUCCUGAAAAGGGAGGGAGUCCGGGCGUUCUACAGGGGCUACUUGCCGAAUACAAUUGGCAUUAUACCCUACGCUGGUAUCGACUUAGCUGUUUAUGAGACUCUUAAGAACGCCUGGCUUCAGAGGUACUGUCUAAACUCUGCAGAUCCAGGUGUCUUGGUUCUCUUAGGCUGUGGCACUGUGUCUAGUACCUGUGGGCAGCUGGCGUCUUAUCCACUGGCUCUCAUUCGAACAAGGAUGCAGGCGCAAGCUAGCACAGAGUAUAACCCUAAACUAACCAUGGUGGGGCAGUUUAGAUACAUCUUAUCCAAUGAAGGUGUCUCUGGUCUGUAUCGUGGCAUCGCACCCAACUUUCUCAAAGUCAUUCCUGCUGUUAGCAUUUCCUAUGUGGUGUAUGAGCACAUGAAGAAAUUCCUUGGAGUGGGAUACUAGACGAAGACGAGCGAGGAUGCCCAAAAAAAUAGGAUCAAGAAAAUGUAAUUAGGUUAUGAGACAUAGGAGGUGAGAGUCUAAGGCUGGAAAUGUGGCUGGAGUAUGGACUCUCAUUGAAACAAAAUAACUGAAUAUGACUAUGGACUUUCUGUUUUCAACUUUAUAAUUAAAAUUAAGUCAACCACAGGUUAAAUGUUUGCCAUGACUGCUUAUGGCUAUCUAAUAACAAAUAAAAUCAGCAUAGUGAGAAGGUCUGAAGAAUGUACAAAAAAUGUUGGUUUUUAGAUGGUGUUCAAUCUUAUUUCAGUGUCAUUUUUUUCUGUUUUUAGAGCUUUAAUGAUGAAGCGGUGCAAGUUUUAUGUUUCUUCAAUCAUAUACAGUAUGUCAGUCAUAUGCUUUUCUCAGCUGCUCCAAUGUUCUCAGCUCUUGUCAUCCGAUGUGACACAUCUUUUGCAUUACUAUUAUUAUUUUAUUAUUUCAUAGCAGCCUACUUGAAAUGAUGAAUGCCUGUCUCCAAUGGAGCCUUUCGUGCAUGACUAGUAACGCAUGAAUGCAUGUUGUGAUGGUGGAGUCGGGGGUUACUUAGUCUAUAUAUUUUGAACACAGAAAUAGUUUGUGUGUAUUUAUAAAAGCUUAUUUAUUAAGUGAAAAAUACUGUAAAGUAGGAUCUCAAAAUUUGACCAAAACUCAAAUGUUCAAAUGCUUGUAAAGUAAUUUAAUAUCUUUAAAAUAAAAUUAAGCUACUUAUCCAUUAAUGAGGCUUGACAAACAUGAGGAGAAAGGACGGUGCUUGCAGAGCAAUACUGUCAUUCAAAGCUGGCUAGGCUGUGUUCAGACUGUAGGCAGAUCUUAUUCUGAUCAGAUUCCUCCUCAAAUCUGAUUUCUAGGUCUGACUGUUCAAACUAUUUUUAGCAAGUGUCCAAAUCAGAUCUGGGCCACAUUACUGACACAUCUUACAAGUUGCUGUGACAACGAAGGCUUCAUACAGCAUAGAGUAUUGUCAUGGACAGUCAAAACCCAUGUGAGCUGUUCAGACUGAGAAGCAUCUUGUCCAUAUCUGAUUUGAUACUACCUCCUGUAUGUGGUGUUAAUCUGUCUAGCUAAAAUCUUGAUUUACGUGCUUUGUGACUGUUUAGACUACAAAAGAGCCACCCAGUUUCAAUCUGCAUGGGUUUAAAAUUAGAUUUUGGCUGCCAGUUUGAACAAUGCCUUCGAGUGUCUAACUUUUGAGAUUCAACUCUAUAACAUAGUUUUGAUAACGUCAAUCUGGACUGAACACGCAUGUGCACUUUAAAUGCUUUUUGAUGGAAAUUUGGUUAUACCGUCUCCUAUAACCGAGGUAAUUUCCAUCAAUACAGCUACAACAACAUAGAAAUGUAUUUUCAUAAAUGAUUUGGAAGCGCCUAGAUAUGAUUCUUGCAUAUAUAUUUUGAAUUUGAGAGCCAAUGUGUACCUCAUAUACAUUUGGUUCACUCCAAAAACAAUCUUAACGCACAAAGAUAACAUCCUGAUUUGCACACUGUAAAUGUAAUAAACAUUGUUCAAUAACAUGGACUGUAUUUAUUUGUUAUUGAUAUCAAUAGCUCUUAUGUUGUACAUCCAAAGAGUUGAGUAGGGUCUGUCUGCAGUUUGCAGGUUCAAUACACAGAAAUUACAUACUUAGUGCAUAAAUACUACAAAGUAUUGGCAUUGUAUCUUUACCUGCAAAGACAAUAUAAUUUAUCAUGUCAUAUUUGAAUUAAUGAAUGCCCCAUAUUUACUGUAUGAAUUAAUGUGAAAAUGUUUAAACAAUUUUUAAAUGUGUUUAGAACGAACAGAUACAUAUAAUGUAACAUAUAAAAGAGUAUUUACAUAUAUUAUAAAUAAAUAAAUAAAUAAAUAAAUAAAUUACAGAUUAGAUAGAUAGAUAGAUAGAUAGAUAGAUAGAUAGAUAGAUAGAUAGAUAGAUAGAUAGAUAGAUAGAUAGAUAGAUAGAUAGAUAGAUAGAUAGAUAGAUAGAUAGAUAGAUAGAUAGAUAGAUAGAUAGAUAGAUAGAUAGAUAGAUAGAUAGAUAGAUAGAUUGAUUGAUUGAUUGAUUGAUUGAUUGAUUGAGCGGACGGAUGGACGGACAGAUGGAUGGUAAAAUAUGCCUUUUUUUUCUCUCUCUCUCUUUAAAUUUUGAUAUAGAUUCAAUAUAUAGUGCGAAGUUUCUUUUCCUGUCAAGGGCGUAGGUUUGGUCUUUACAUUGGUAGGGACAAUAUGGCAUAACCUGCAUGCACACUUUUUGCUGGGGACUGAACAAAUUAAUGAUCAAUGCAAAAUAAAUGUUAAUGACUUAUACUUUUAUGUGUAUUGGUUAACCCACACUGUUUAAUUCAAACCUUUGAUUUAAAAAAAAUAUUAAAGAAACAUUUUGAAAACUUCGAGAAAAAAUGUCCGUAUUUUAUGAGCAAAAUUAAUUUGCAUUAUUGGAACAUAAAUUAUAUUAUUGCUAGUUGAAAACUUUACCCAAUAUUACCAUACACAAUAAAUACAAGCUUGUUUAUCAUCUUUUAACUACCCAGGAAUGCAAAAAAAUAAACAUUUGUCUUAAGACCACUCAACAUUGUCUAAGUAAAGAAAUUAAAUGUAACUGAAAAAACUUCUUUGUCAGGGAAUAACAAAAAAUCAAAUAAAAAUAUAGCGUCCGUCAGUUAAAACACUACUACUUUUGUCCCCAAGCACAGCCAAACUCAACAAAAAAUGAGAGCUCUUGUGGACUGCUUUAAGACCACAUAAAUAAAAAUAAAAUAAAAAGUAAAAUUGGGUAGAAGUGGGUAAAACUCAUUACAUUUACAUUUCUCACAGUUUAAUUAAAGUUGACAGUAGAAAACACAUAAGGAGGACACUUGUUUCUAACCAGCUACCUACUGAAGUUUUGUAGGUUAACAGGUUCACACAGUUUCAUGUUAUGCUAACUCUGAUGCAGGUCAGACUUUCAGUAGCAAAAUUAGUGGUGUGUUCCCUACUUCUACAACAUUGACGUCUUUUUGCAUUUCGUAUAGUGGCUGCUGCUGGCUGAAAAAAAACUUCUAAUAUCCCUAAUAUCUAAUGUGUGUGUGUGGGUGGUUGGGGGGCUGGGGGUGUGAUCAAGUCAUCAGCCAAUCAAAUGUGCAUUUAGGAGGGGAAAAAAUGGACCGGCGCAUUCAGCAAGUGAAAAGAGGUACCUGUAAAUCUGAACAUAAUGAGAAUAAUUCCCUUAAUAAUGGUGGGGUCAAUUACAACAUUUAAAACAUAUAAGACAAUCUAAAUGACCUACAGUAUAUAACUGAAGUCAUUAUAAAACGCAAAUAAGGUUGCCGAAAAGUUGGUAAUGUUUUGUCCCUACCGCCCCUAACCAAACCUACGCCUUUGGUUCCUGUGUUUUAUGUCAUUUUUCUGUUUGUUUGUGUGCUAUGGACACCCUGUGUGACUCCUGAAUAAAGAUCAUAUAUAUAAAAUAA